AUGGAAUCGGGACCUACAGAGCUUGCGAGCACCCUUCAGGCCGCGAGCAUUGAACAUCACCCCGACCCAAAGCUCGACUCCAACCCACCCACAGCCGCUGGUAGAAGUCAACGCGUAACGCUCGAGCACGCCAAACACGGACACGACGACGGUAUUGACGAGGAUGAUGAAGAUGAGGAGGAUAUCCCCUAUAGUGUCCUUCGGCCUGCUCCCAGACACUCUAACCUACCUCCCCUACCAGACCUGCGCUUCGAGCAGAGCUAUCUCCGAAGCAUCUCCAAUGCGGAUACGUGGUGGAAGGUGGCGCUCAUAACGACGAGGGAUCAGAUCUUGAUGCCCUUAACCCAGGGUCUGGUCUACAACCUAUUCCUCUGCGGCUGGCAACAGUGGAACAGAAAUGCUCGACUACAUGGCAAUACAUUAGGUGCGCGAGUAAGGCGCUGGUGGUGGGGAGUCAACAACUGGAAGAUACCUACCCACAGUAAGAGAGCCUGA